UGGUAUAUAAAGGCCUCCUCAAGCAACAGAAGCAGCAGUUGAGGAGUGAAGGGCUAGCGAGGUGUAUGUGAGAUUGCGACUUAGAGGAGAGUGGACUCGUUAGUUGGUGCUUCAUAUUUUCCUUUAUUUUAUGUAUGAAAGACAACAACCUCUCGCUUGGCGCUGAGUGACUAUGAGUGGGCCAGUGAUUUCUGCGGCAACUGAUAACCUGAUGGCCCGGAUCGGGGAGGGAGAGCGGAGUCAGAGUUCAGGUGGACAGCCGCUGAAUCUGGCACAUCGGUCACCAACCGUUGGCCCUGGCGUCGUGCCGGAGAUGCAGGCCGAUCCAAGCCGUGACAGCAGAGGGCGAGCGCCGCUCGAGCGCGCAAGUGACGCCGAGACUGAGCUCGUCGUCCCAGUGCGAGGAGGCGGUAGCAGCGGCGAAGGAGGAGGAACUCCAGCCAUGGUAGGAGGAGGAGGGGGAGGAGGCAGCAGCGGAGGAGGUGGUGGCAAGAGGAGGCACCGGAGGCGACCGUCCAAGAAGAAGCGUCGCUGGAAGCCCUACUUCAAGCUAUCUUGGGAGGAGAAGAAACAGCUGGAUGAGAGGGAGAGCGUACGGGCGGCCAAGACCCGGGCCGAGAUGUUCGCGAAAGGUUUCACCGUGGCUCCCUACAACACCACCCAGUUCCUCAUGGAGGAACACAACCAAGAGGAGCCCGACCUCAACACCGGCGUCUGCCCUAAACGUGUCAACAAGUCGGAUGAGACGAGCGAGGAGGAAGAGCUGGAUGAGGAGGAUCAGGACAGCGGCAGCGAUGGCAUGGGAGGCAACGGCAGCGAAUUCCUGCAGAGAGACUUCUCCGAAACUUACGAGAAGUAUCACGCAGAGAGCCUGCAGAAUAUGACCAAGCAGGAGCUGAUUCGGGAAUACCUGGAGCUGGAGAAGUGCCUGUCCAGGCUGGAAGAUGAGAACAACCGGCUGCGGUGCCGCUUGGAAGGGAAGAAAGUGGCCCGGGGUAACGAGGUGAUGGAAAACAAGAUCAGAGAACUGGAAGGAGAGAUUGAGAGACUGAGAGCCGAAAACCUCGAGCUCCAGGAAGAAAACGAACAGUAUAAACGGAAAAAUAGACUGUCGGAAAAUGAUUAAAACGUGAACUCGGGUUACAAAUCUAAAAACGAAGACCAUAUUUUUAGUCUGUACAAAUUCUAGAUUUGUUUUGGAUUCUGUUUAUUUGACACGAUCUAAUUGGCUUAUUUUGAAAUUUGGGUUAGGAUAACUUUUUCCCCUUUUUACAUUUUUAGCAUCUGCCUUUGCAGAAAGUUGGAAAUAACUUUUAACUUGUGUUUUAUACAAGUCUUCCCCCAGCCACAUUUUGCUACGUGUGUAAUCUGAACCAAACUAUAGGCAGGUAGAGGAGAUGAAUUCUCUACACUUUUUAAUAAAAUGGGUUUUAUUUUGGGGAUGUGAUUUUUUUUUAAACCAGUAUGUUGAGUUGCUUUCUGUCAGUUUAUUGUAAACGUGAUUUUUCUGAAAUGUUGCCAAAUGUAUAAUGCCUAUGGUACCCAAUCUUCUGUUUAGAGGAAGAUCUGUCCAAACCAUUAAAUUAUGGCUAUUCAAAAAAAAAUGCAUGAAUUUUCAACGGCUGUUAUAAACCAGUGGGUAGUGAUCCCUCUAAUUGUGGAUUUUAUCACUUUUUAAUAUUUGACUGUACUAUUCAAUUGAUCAGGAGCAUUGACUAAUCCUGUUAGUGUUUUUCUUUUGUAAAAGCCCUUAAAUGUGUAACUUUGUGUAUUGAUCCAAUUUUUUCUCAAAUUGUUCCAUUUAUUGUGGGAAUUAUAUGGGGCAAACCAAACUAGCAAGUAACAAAUGUUACUAUGUUUCAAAUUUCUGUUAUAAAAUGUGGCAACAACAUCUUGGCUGUACUUCUCAAGGAAAAACUUGGGUAUUAAGAUUGAGGUGAAAUUUGUUUUAAAAAAAAAAUAAAUGUACCUUUUACAUGGCACUAAAUAAAAACAUAAAAUUA